AUGGGUUUGAAAUCUGGAAACUUUGUUGUUGAAUUCGAGGAUCAUUUCCCAUCCAUGGUGGAAAAGUUGGGUGCCGAAGGAUUUAUGAACGAACUGUACAAAGGGUUUGAGUUAUUGGAGGACAGAGACACGAAAGGGUUCAUAACAUUUGAUAGCUUGAAGAGGAACGCAUCUUCGCUGGGGUUGCAGAAGAUGAACGACAGUGAACUGAGAUAUAUGGUAAGAGAAGGUGAUGUUGAUGGAGAUGGCAAGUUGAGUGAGAUGGAGUUUUAUGUUCUUAUGUUUAGAUUGAGCCCUGGGUUAAUGGAAGGAUCGCUUAGAUGGUUGGAAAUUGCUGUUUUAAAUGAACUUUAA